GCCCAGAGCCACGCCCAGUCGCUGCACACGCUACAGCACACCCCAUCGCAGGCCCAACAACGCGCACCAGCACGCGCCAUCGCCCCCGCACACCGCCGCCUCGUCGUCAUCUCGCACUCGCUCUCGACCACCUCGACCACCUCCUUCCCCUCGCAGGUCCCUCUUCCGCUCGUUCCUCCCCCCACCCGAGCCUUUGAUGGAGGCCCUCUUCUUCAACUCGCACUCGGGCUACCUCGAGGGCGUCCUGCGCGGCUUCAAGGCCGGCCUCCUCACCCAGGGCCAGUACUCGAACCUGACCCAGUGCGAGACCCUCGACGACUUCCGCAUGCAGCUCACCGCCACCGACUACGGCAACUUCCUCGCCAACGAGACGCCCCCAAUCUCGACGUCGACCAUCGCCGAAAAGGCGACCCAGCGCCUCGUCGACGAGUUCAACUACAUCCGCAGCAACGCCACCGGCGACCUCAAGAAGUUCCUCGAGUACAUGACGUACGCCUACAUGAUCGACAACGUGGUCCUCCUCAUCUCGGGCACCCUGCACGAGCGCGACACGCACGACCUCCUCGAGCGGUGUCAUCCGCUCGGCGUCUUUGAGACGAUGCCGGCCCUGUGCGUUGCGACCAACGUCGAGGAGCUGUUCAACACCGUGCUUGUCGAGACGCCUCUAGCGCCCUACUUCCGUGACUGCCUGUCGGCCCAAGACCUCGACGAGCUCAACAUCGAGAUCAUCCGCAACACGCUGUACCGCUCGUACCUCGAGGACUUUCACGCGUUCGUCCUCUCGAUCGGCGGCCCGACGGUCGAGGUCAUGUCGCCCAUCCUCAACUUUGAGGGGGACCGCCGGGCGCUCAACAUUACGAUCAACUCAUUCGGCACGUCGCUGUCCAAGGAGCAGAGGGGCAAGCUUCUGCCCAAGCUCGGCCGCCUGUACCCCGAGGGCACCAUGGCGCUCGCGCGCGCCGACGACGUCGACCAGGUCAAGGCCGUCCUCGACCCGAUCCUCGAGUACCGGCCCUUCCUCGAGGGUCAGGGCUCAUCGGGCGGUGGCGGCGGUGGGUCCGGCGGUGGCGCCGGGACCGGCGUCGACGGCGCCGGCGCAGGUGGCGCCGCCGCGAGCCUCGAGGACCACUUUUUCCAGCACGAGGUCUUCCUCAACAAGCUCGCCUUCAUGCAGCAGUUCCAGAUCGGCGUCUUUUACGCCUUCUUCAAGCUCAAGGAGCAGGAGAUCCGCAGCUUGACCUGGAUCGCCGAGUGCAUCGCGCAGAACGCCAAGGACCGCAUCAACGACUACGUUCCGACGUUCUGAGCACCCUCGCACAGCUCGCGCCUGCCGUAGACCCUGCACUCGUCCCUCCUCUCUUGUACCUCGACUCGUUCGCCCUCUGCAGUUUCAGCCGUCAUACCCUGUC